AUGGACACUCCGCAACAAUUAGCCAAGUUGGACACGGAAACAUUUGGCUCCAAUGUGUCUUCGAUCUUGCGUUCAGUGGCGGAUUCUGGCCUAGAGACCAAGGCUGAGCAUGUCGAGUUGGUUCCGUCACGCGCUGCAGAGCCGCCAACCAUAGCGGCCAUCUCAUCGAUUUUAACAACAUCCAUCAAAGAAGGUGACUGGGCAACACUGAAGCUACAGCAGACCGUCAUCCAUCGAAUCCUCCUUGACCUACCCCUCGAACAACUCCAAGCUUACCGACCAGCCUUGGCGGUACUCGCGGCUGUGGACAUUUCCUCUUUUGACCCCAGCAAGGACGGAUCGUAUUAUUCACAAACUUCGCAUAAUAUUAAUCACGCAAAACUUCUUGGGCUCUUUACGGCAGAUCCGAAAGCAGUCUGGGUUACAGCUGAUAAAUUUGACGAGGUCAGCUACCGUACACUCUCCGAAAGGAUUCACACAGGAGAGCAGAUGCGGCCCUACAUGGAGGAUCUGUUCAACUGGAUGGUGGACCCCAACCAUCCACCCUUCAAGCCGUGCAGCGAACAGUUGGCACGGUUCCCAGAGACUGCUGCUGCUGUCGCAGUUCAGGUCAUGGCCAAGGCAGGUCAAGUCAACGAUACCGAGCACCAGCAUUAUAUAAUUGACUUUGUUUCCACGAGUGUGCCUAUUGGAAAGGCUUGGAUCCCAUUGCGUCCUCAUGUACAAGAAAUGGUGCGAUCGAUAGAGGAGAGGAAAGAUGAGGACGAGGAUGAUUAUCUUGACGCGGCAAAGGCGUGGCUCGAUGAGCUGGAGAAGUGGGAUGCAACACAUAUAGAUGAGGCUUAA